AUGUCGUACCUCCCCAAUCCCUCCCUUCAAAUCACCGCCGACCACCAGAUCAAGUUCGUCGAAGCCCCCGUUCACGAGCCGGGAAAAGGCGAAGUCUUGCUUCAUAUUAAGGCGACCGGUAUCUGCGGGUCAGAUGUUCACUUUUGGAAGACCGGUCGCAUUGGAGAGUUGAUUUUCAAGGGCGAUUGUAUUAUCGGGCAUGAGGCUGCGGGAGUGGUGUUGAAGUGUGGAGAGGGUGUAACACAUUUGCAGCCCGGCGAUCGCGUCGCUGUCGAGCCUGGUGUACCGUGCGAGAACUGCUUCCUCUGCGAUGAUGGACGAUACAACCUCUGUGAGGACGUGGCGUUUGCCGGCGUCUACCCUUACCCUGGAACCGUCCAGCGAUACAAAGUCCACCCCGCAAAGUGGCUGCACAAACUUCCUGAUAACCUAUCCUACCUCGACGGCGCCCUCCUCGAACCCCUCAGCGUGACGAUGCGCGGCAUUCAAGUCGCCCAGCUCGAACUCGGUCGCGGCGUGGUCAUCUGCGGUGCUGGUCCCAUCGGUCUGAUCGCUGCGACUGCUGCGCGCGCAUCUGGCGCACACCCGAUCGUCGUCACCGACAUCGACGAGAGCCGACUCAGGUUCGCCAAAGAGUUUGUGCCGACCGCUUCGACGUACCAGAUCAAUCCUGCGCUGGACGCUCAGGGAAACGCAAAGGGUAUCCGAGCGCUCUUUGGCGAUAACGAGUACACUGCGCCUGAUCGAGUCCUCGAGUGCACAGGAGUUGAGAGUAGUAUAUGCACGGCUGCAUACACGGCGAGACGGGGAGGCCUGGUGGUGGUGAUUGGAGUCGGCAAGGAGAUCAUCAACAAUCUGCCGUUUAUGCAUCUCUCAUUGGCAGAGAUCGACCUCAAGUUCAUCAACCGUUACCGGGAUACGUGGCCAAGGGCUAUCGCAUGCAUGGCGGCCGGCUUUUUCGACCUCAAGCCGUUGGUGUCUCACAAAUUUCCGUUGGAACGAGCACAGGAGGCGUUGGAACUAUGUGGUGAUCGACAACGACCCAGCAUUAAAGUGACGAUAGUUGACGAAUUAGAGGCCACGAUAUAG